GCAAGGGACCGCAAGGCUCUGACAUUUGAAACCUUGGAGACGUUUCGGGUAGCGAAUUCUGAGCCGUUGGGAGAGUUUCAAAUACAGUGCAUGGGGAUCAUGGACAAGGACCAGCAGAAGGUCGUUGUCACGUGGAUCGGCCGGAUGGAGGGCGUCAACCACAAGAACGUGAAGAAGGCGCUGAAGGAACUCACUAAGGAGGUCAAAUCCAUCAUCCCGUCGGCAGGCACGCUCUAUGGGAUCUGUGAGAACUUCGACACUUAUCAGCAUGGAGGUCUGUUUCCGCUGCUACACCUGAGUGAAGAUUCGGGCGUCGUGAACAAAUUUCUGAACACAGACAGCUUUCUCGACAGCGACGUGUUGGGCCCCGGCAACAUGGUGGACCAAGGCGUGUUUGAGGAAGUGGCUUGCAUCACCCCGCAGAUCCAAGGGUCUGGCACAACGAACUCUGUCAUGGCUGUUUCUGCUUUUAAGAGCAUAGACGCAUCACCCAACGCAAAGCUUAUUAAAGAAUGGAAGCAAUGGACGGGUGCAAGAGCUUUCCUGCAAGACAUAGUGAUGGCAGGGUUAGAGUGCACCAAGAUCAGGUUCCUCGUCAAAGUAGCCCCGACGGAGGAGCCUGAAGGGUUCUACUACAUACUAACGACCGAGGUGUCCAUCCGUGAACCCUCAGACGAAGGGCUGUUCGUCGACACCCUACAGCGCUUCAGGGUCGAGCGCUGGUUCGGCUACAACACGAUUUAUCGCAAGAUUGGGUAGCCAUCUCCUGAAG